UUUAACAAGCAGAUUUAACGCCAGAUUCAUAUUAGAUACAACGUCAUCAAAUCCCCAUCCCCUACAAUGUAAGUGGGUGUUUAUUUUAUUAUUAUUAUUAUUAUUUUUAUCUUGUGGUAGCUCUUACAGUGAGAUAGGCUAAUUGCUUCAGCGGUGAGUAAAUGCAGUUGAAACAUCUAUCUACUGAGCCAACAGCCCUGGUUCAACAGAUGUGACCAGGUUAAAAUAACAGGAGAUAAGCAGUGGAAAGAAUAAGUAGCUGCUGCUCAGCUGAAAGGGGCUCCACAUGAUUUAGAAAUGAUGAUAUCCAUCCACCUAGAGGAAAUCUGCACACUUGUGAUAUAUAAAGCUAUAUUAAAAAAAAAAAAAAAAAAAAGCACCCCGUUGGCUAUUCCAGAUUUGUUCUAUGUUGUGUCGUUGAUUUGAAAGUUGAUGAUAAGGCUCCUAUAUAGUAUGUGUGGUGUCGCUGCAGCCCGGUCUGCGUUGGUGGGAGUACCCCUGCACAGGUCCCUUUUGCAGUGCGGAUCCAGUAGUUGGAGUUGUUGAACACACCGAGCGCGAGAGGGAGAGAGGAGAGAGUGAGAGCGCAGCAGCUGAGUGAAGCAAACAGAGGAAGAAACAUUAGGUUAUCUUCAGAGACUAUCACACAUCGACCUGUCACUUUUAUCGCUUCGAGUCCGAGUCCCGUCUACUUGAAGAGGACCACAGCAGCAGCAGCAGCAGUAACAGCAGCAGCAGCAGCCCGGGUCUGGUGUGGUCUGCUCGGGCAGCCGCCUGUGAAAAACUCCCAAACGCGGUCGUCUCAGCUGGCAUGAGCUAACCUACUACACAGACAUGGAAACCAAACCAUUCUUGUCAUUGGGGUUCUUGAAGCCCCAGUGCUCGUUGGCUCCUCCCAUGCAGCGAGGCCGCUCAAUGGAGGCUUGUUCCUGCUUCAGUGGCAUGUGUCCCCUCCAUCAGCGUCGCCUAUCCUCAGUCUGCAAGUCGGUUCAUGGAUGCCAUCAGAUAGGGGUCUUAACAGGCAGUCAAAACGAAAGGAAGGGCUGGACUGCUUUUGAUUUGAGCUGUCACCAAGACUCAUCAGGCCAGGUGACUUCCUCGCCUCUGGGCUCACCCACCUCCCACCGGGGAAUGCACCCAUCUCUUCUCAGUCCGACGUCCAUGGGGCCCUCCGGCUCCCUUCACUCGCCCAUCAGCACGCUGAGUUCGCCCAUGAACGGUCUAGCUUCGCCCUUUUCCGUCAUCAGCUCGCCGAUGGGCCCCCACUCCAUGAACUCGCCCGGGAUGGGUUACGGCCCCAGUGUCAGCCCCCAGGUGAGGCCUUUGAACUCUCCGAUGAACUCGGUCAGCAGUACGGAGGACAUCAAGCCCCCGCUGGGCCUCAACGGCGUGAUGAAGGUGCCCGCCCAACCCUCAGGCACGGCCCUGUCGCUCACUAAACACAUCUGCGCCAUCUGUGGUGACCGCUCCUCAGGUAAACACUAUGGGGUAUACAGCUGUGAAGGCUGCAAAGGUUUCUUCAAAAGGACGGUGCGCAAAGACCUGAGCUACACCUGUCGCGACAACAAGGACUGCGUCAUCGAUAAGCGUCAGAGGAACCGCUGCCAGUACUGCCGCUACCAGAAGUGUUUAGCCAUGGGCAUGAAGAGAGAAGUUUUGUUACAUGCAGCCGUUCAGGAGGAGCGCCAGAGAGCCAAGGACAGAAAUGAGAACGAGGUGGAGUCAACCAGCUGCGCCAACGAGGACAUGCCCGUGGAGAAGAUUCUGGAAGCCGAGCAGGCGGUGGAACCUAAAACUGAGACCUACAUCGAGACCAACCUCGGUGUGCCAUCCAACUCGCCUAAUGACCCAGUGACAAAUAUCUGUCAGGCGGCCGACAAACAGCUCUUUACUUUGGUGGAGUGGGCCAAGAGGAUCCCCCACUUCUCUGAGCUGCCACUUGACGACCAGGUCAUCCUUCUACGAGCAGGUUGGAAUGAACUCCUCAUUGCAUCAUUUUCGCACCGUUCGAUAGCAGUUAAAGACGGGAUUCUGUUGGCGACCGGGUUGCACGUCCACCGCAACAGCGCCCACAGUGCCGGAGUGGGAGCCAUCUUUGACAGAGUGCUCACAGAACUGGUGUCUAAAAUGAGGGACAUGCAGAUGGAUAAGACAGAACUGGGGUGCCUUCGAGCUAUAGUCCUUUUCAACCCAGACUCUAAAGGUCUGUCCAACCCAGGUGAAGUAGAAGCUCUGAGAGAGAAAGUCUAUGCGUCUUUAGAGGCCUACUGCAAACAGAAGUACCCCGAGCAGCCCGGCAGAUUUGCCAAGCUGUUGCUGCGGUUACCGGCGCUGCGCUCCAUCGGCCUCAAGUGUCUGGAGCACUUGUUCUUCUUUAAGCUCAUUGGCGACACGCCCAUCGACACCUUCCUCAUGGAGAUGCUAGAAGCCCCACAUCAAAUGACAUAAUAGCAGAGAGGGUGGAGCCCUCCUCACCCUCUUCUUCUUCUUCUCCCUCCUCCCCUCCUCCUACUCCUCCUCCACAUGGAUCGGGAGCAGAGUCCUUUUUAAAGAAAACCAACCCCAUCUCCAGCAAAGGGACAGAUCACGUGACGACUUUGGACAGAGAACCUCUCCCUACCUCCCAUCCACACCUUCUCCUCCUCCUUCCCUCCUCCCUUUUUUGAUGUGUUUCGAAAAAACAUGAAUUCAUGAUGUGUAUGGGUCUGUUUUAUACCUUGUAAAAAUAUAUAAAUAAGAAAUAUAUAUAUGAAAAAUCUCACGACAACACGAGUGACAGCAGUGGACUGAGGCGAGGACGGACAGAGGACAAAAGAAACGUAUUGAGCCAUCGUUUUUCGUCUGUGCUUUUCCUACACCUUGGCAAGAGAAAGCAGAGAUGAUGGGGGGGUUUUUAACAUCCACAGUUUUGCUUGCAGGUAUAUUAAUGAUAACAAAAAAAAAAGACAAAAAACGGCAGUGAUGUCAUAUUCGGACACUCAGCGUUGUGAUCGGGACAAUCGUGGACUUGCGGAGAGCCUCGGGUGGUCUAGAUUUGGACCUGAGCCCUCUCUUGUCUUUCAGGACUGAACUUACUUUGGGGGAAGGGACGACGGCGGCGGCGGGGAACAAAAAAAAAAAAAAAACACGUCCGGGAACUCAUCUUGUUCCUGCCUGACUCGACUGAACACGUCAGGUCUUGCACUAGCUGUUUUUGAAGUGUGAGCUUUCUGGAAUAGAACUCAGAGAGGUGGGUUAACAAGACUGCAAGAAACUCCAAGAAAAAAAAAAAAAAAAAAAAAAAAAAACAAGCUCAGGUCUCUGCCCAAUUCCAACAAAUACAACCAUGUCUUACUCUGUUAGCACUGUGCAACAUCUGGGGAGGACGGUUAUAUGAGUCCACUAAUCAGCCCUGUAGUUAAUGUAUCGAUUGAUCCAGGAGUUGGGGGAGCUUGUUACGUACAAUCGGCGCAGUUCUUGUGCACACAGGAAGAAACCAGGCUGUUGUUAAAAAAAACAAAA